AGGGUAUUUUUGGGGUUUGAUAAAAUUGCAAUAAAAAAUAAAUAAACCUGCCUUGGACUGCGCGCCGAUGAUGCUCAAGAUUUAAGAUAAUUACAGAGAAAUUGUUGACAAUCACGUGUAUUAUGAAGAGGUUCAGUUGCUAAAUCGGAGCUAAAAAGGCAGAGGUUUUAUUACUGUGGAGUACAAUUUAAGCUUUUACAGUGUUACAUUUAAUUUGGAUUGGGGCGGCAUUUUUCAGUUUGUUCUAGAGCAUAAACAAAGAGUUACAGUAAUUGUUUUUAUAUUUAUUUUGUGGAAGAGAUCUGUAUAUUUUUCUUUCUUGUGGCGCCACUGGUUAUUUUGAAAUGGACUAGUGAAGAACUCAAAAUGACGCUUCUUUGUAGAAGUUACAGUAGCUGAGACAUCUCGUAUUGUAAGAUCUGUGGCCGUAUAUUUGAAAUCGUAUGUAUGUAUUGAAUGGAAGGCAGAGAAGUCAUGGGAAUGCCUCCGUCUGGACAGUCCAGCAGCACCAUGCCGACUGGUUCGUCCGCCUUACACACGCCGUCGGUGGUUCGAGUCCCCCCGCCAAACGCAGCUGCAACUAAUAUCAACAUGAACAGUAACGCCAACAACGGCAACAGCAACAGCAACACUAGUGCAAAUAAUAAUAUUAACACCAGCGGCACUAACCCUAACUUGAACUCACCUGCUCCAGCUGUAGCUUUGCCUGUGAGUGGAAGCGCAACAGCAACCCUAAUGUCACAGAUAAAUAUGAACAGAGCUCCGGGAGGUAUGAGUAUGAGUAUUGGUAUGGGAGGAGGGACUGAUUCUUCGGGAAAGAAAAAGAGAGGGAGGCCUAGGAAGUAUGGGCCAGAUGGAAGCAUGGCAUUGGCUCUCACGCCUCUCUCGUCCUCAGCUCCAGGGGGAAGCUAUUCUUCUUCUCCUCUACAGAAGCGGGGUAGAGGUCGGCCACCGGGCUCCGGGAAAAAGCAGCGCCUUGCAGCGCUCGGGGAAUGGGUGGUAGGUUCUGCAGGUAUUGGCUUCACUCCGCAUGUCAUCACCAUAGCUGCUGGGGAGGAUGUUGCAUCAAAGAUAAUGUCCUUUUCACAACAAGGACCUCGUGCAGUUUGCAUCCUUUCAGCAAAUGGUGCCAUUUCUAAUGUGACACUUCGUCAACCUGCAACUUCUGGUGGCACUUUGACAUAUGAGGGUCGGUUUGAAAUACUUUCAUUAUCAGGCUCAUUUUUGCUCACAGAAAAUGGUGGUGCACGCAGUAGAACUGGUGGUCUGAGUGUUUCCUUGGCAAGUCCUGAUGGUCGAGUUAUUGGAGGAGGAGUUGCUGGAAUGCUAAUGGCAGCAAGUCCGGUGCAGGUGGUUGUAGGGAGCUUCAUUUCAAAUGGUCAGAAGGAUCAUGCUAAGCCAGCUAAUGCUGAGACUUCCAUAGGCAUGGCACACACAGCUGUUUCUGGAGUACCUACAGUUGCUAUACCAAUUUCUCGGGCACCUAUGAAUGAGAACUACGGAGGUCCUGGUAGUCCUCCAUUUAAUCAAAAGAUUGGCAAUUCACCCGCAAAUAAUACUUCUCAACAAACAACUCACAAUGUGACCCCCUUUCAAUCAAUGGCUUGGACAGGUUCACAUUCAACAGGAGAGGCAAAGCAUAACACUGAUAUCAACAUAUCUUUGCCUGGAGGGUAAUUUAAUGAAGGACUAUUUUCCUACAGCAAGAUUUUGUCCCGUUUUAUAAGAUUAUUGAUCUGACUAAGGAGUGUAAAAUCUGGAUGGGAUAAGUUAACGGUUCAUUCUGAUUGCUGCAUAGAGUUCAUCAACCUGUCCAGAUUAAAGUUUCAAACUGACCAAUACAACUAAGUAGCCUCUCAGAACAGAUGCAAGACUGCUGAGUGCUGUCUCUACUGUUUUGAUGCAGGCUAUAUGACUCGAUUCUACUUUCAUGCUAUUGCCCGAUUCUUCAAAAAUUGUUAAUUAAUGCUCUUCAAGAGUUGCUUUGUCAUCUGUCAGGCUCUGCACAUCCGUGCAGUCUUGUAUGAUGUGUAGCCUAGCAUUUAUUCUAAUUGGUAAUGCUGGUAAUUCAUGGUUUAAACCUUCUUAUUCUAACUUAGACCUGAAUUUCAUGUGUCAUUGAUUUCCUUGUACAACAUUUGCUGACUUGUUUUAAUAGAAAUGAUUUCUGGAGGGUGCC